AGUUUGACAGCGUGUGCACCUAACCAAAACAAUUAUGUAAAAAUAUGUUUUGAAAAAUUCUGACAUUGUUUAAUCUUUUGAAUCAUGAAUAUCGUAAAAAUUUUAGUGAACAAAAGGUUUUUAUGUAAUAAAAACGUAAAUUUGGUCGGCAAUCGAACAUUAUUCACUAAAGAUUCGUUGGGAAUAGCUGCUUACAUUGCGAAUCGUGAAUUGGAGCACGAGUUCACCACAAAACCCGAAGAAUUUAAAAAAGAUUUUCUACGAAAAGUGGAGAAAGGUUUACCACUGAAUCUUUUAAUCGAUAAUUUAAAAAGAUUUAUACAUGUGAUAGGCAAUGAACCGCAGGACAUUGAUUUAUUGUGGCGAGCGUUGCGUAUGUACAAAUCAAAACAUGAUCAAAUGCGUCGAAGGUCUGAACUUGAAGCGAAAAAAUUGUAUACAUUCGGUCCGAUAAUAAUGCGAGUAUUGCACCAUUUCAAUUUAACGGAAUAUGCAAUUAAGUUUUUCGAUGAUGGUCACGUUACACAAUUAUUUGAUCAAUUGGUGACAUAUCAAAUUUUAUUAGAUUUACUAUACGAUAAUAGACAGUACGGUGACGUAUUGCGUAUAUAUCAUGAGAUUGAAAAACGGAUUUUAGACCAAAACCGAUACGUCUCGAAUGAAAUAAAUGCCAUUAUUUUUGCAACUUACUUUAGACUGAAUACACCAAUGCACAAUCAACUUGCAUAUGAUAUGUACAAAAAUCUAAAGGACCAAGGCACACACAUAAAACAAUAUCGAAAAAGUAUUGGACUAGUUGCUGCCAUGCAACUUAGGCUUGAAAAUCCUGAUAAAAGUUUGGAAAUUCUAUCGAUUUACGAUGAUACUGAUGUUAAUAUUCGUUAUGUGCGAAUUCUAUCACAUGUCCACUUACACCAAUUCGAUGACGCAUUCCGAUUACUUGAAAUGACAAUAGCAUCGCCCAAAGCUAUUUUAAUACCCGAUCAACUGCUACAAAAAAUCGAGGGAAAAAUGAGAAAACUGCAUGAUGACAGAAUUGAUCGAGCAUACAAAUCGAUAUUCGAUGAACUUAAACGAAAAAAUCUGAUAUUUUACAAAAGAUUGGAUGAUGUUCUGUGUGCUCGAUUUCCAACAGCGAUGGCACCAUACAGACCAGUACCGGUAGUUGGCCUUUGAAGUUUCAAGCGGUCUUGGACGCAUUGCUAGCUUGAUUCUUACAUUUUUUUUUUCAUUUAAUUUAACUAUGUUACAAUAGUUUGGCAAUAAUUGUUGUAUGUAAUUUGA